GAAGAAUCAAGAAUCAAAGGAAGACGUAUCUCUGCUUCAACGUGUUCUAUGUAUUCCUAUGGUAGUUGUUAAUUAGGAUAGUUCUUAAAAUUAGAUUUAAAUUAAUUUUAAGUUUAGUGGUUAAGAACUCAUAUUAAUUAUGGAAGAAUACGAAUAUGGGAAUGAAUGGCUACCUGUUGACCUACAAAACACUGGGGAAAUCAAACUCUUCGUCGGCGGCCUGUCAUGGGAGACAACGCAGGACAACUUGCAGCGCUACUUUUCGCGCUACGGCGAGGUGAUCGAUUGCGUGGUGAUGAAGAACGCCGAAUCGGGCCGAUCGAGGGGCUUCGGCUUCGUCACGUUCGCCGAUCCGGCCAACGUGAACGUCGUGCUGCAGAGCGGGCCCCACACGUUGGACGGCAGGACCAUCGAUCCGAAACCGUGCAAUCCGAGAACGUUGCAGAAACCGAAGAAGGGCGGCGGCUACCCCAAAGUGUUCCUCGGCGGACUGCCAUCCAACGUGACCGAAACGGACCUGAGAAGCUUCUUCACCAGAUUCGGCAAAGUCAUGGAAGUCGUCAUCAUGUACGAUCAGGAGAAGAAGAAAUCAAGAGGAUUUGGAUUCCUAUCUUUCGAGGAUGACGAAGCAGUUGACAGAUGCGUUUCUGAGCAUUUUGUGAACUUGAAUGGCAAACAGGUAGAGAUCAAGAAGGCGGAGCCUCGAGACGGCUCGGGCGGCAACAAGAUGGGUGGCGACCAAUCUUGGGGCCCGCCCCAGGGCGGCGGCGGCCCCAUGGGCAUGAUGCAGGGGCCGAACGGCCAGAUGGGCGGGCCGCCGAUGAACCUCGCGGCCGCGCCCAUGGGGCCGGCCGGCAUGAUGCAGGGCUACCAGGGAUGGGGCACGUCGCCGCAGCAGCAGAGCUACGCAGGGUACGGCACGCCGUCGGGCGGGCCAGGGUCGUACCAAGGGUGGGGGGCGGCGCCCGCGCCCCAAGGCCCACCGCCGCCCCAGUGGGGCAGCAGCUACGGGGGGCCGCCGCAGCAGCAGGGCUACGGCUCCUACGGUCCUAACGCGGGCAACGGAGCUGCUAGCUGGAACAGUUGGAAUAUGGCUCAGAACAGCGGAUCGACAGGACCCUCUGGCUACAUCGCUAGCGACAUGUACACGCGCGGCCAGUCCGGCCCUGGUGGCCCCGCCACGCCUGGCGCCCCACCCGCCAUGUCUUCGUCGGGCGGGGCUGCGAAGCCCGCUUCCGACUACGGCUAUGCCUCCUACGGCUCCUACUCGCAGGACGGCUACGGCGCGCCUCCACCGCGCUCCUACGGCUCCGACGCCGGAUCACAAGGGGGCGGGUACUCGUCGCAGGGGCAGCCGCCCAACGCAGGAUAUUCUGCCGCUGCUGGGGACUACGUGAAUGGCCCACAAAGAGGAACUACUUACGGCCUUGUACAAUCCUAUCAUCCUUAUAGACGAUCUUGAAAUCAACAGAGAUAAUACCUGACCAUUCCACUUCAGUUGAAAUAACUGAAAAUUUGUGAUGUGUUUGGAAGCGGACGUUAAAUAUAAGUGUAUAGUUUUUAUGAGCAUCCAACUUGUUGCUUAUCAGUAUUUGAAGUUACUGAUUGCGAAAAUAAAUUGUCUUUCUAAUUAGUUCUGAUUCAUUU